AUUUGAUCAGUCAUUGGUAUUUCAAGACUGCGGAGGCUAGCAGUCAAUGAAGUGACUGAUUUGGCCAUAGGAGAAGUUGAGGACCAGCCAGAGGAAUUGAAGUCUUGAAGAAAUGGAAAACUGUCAAGUUAUGGAUGCAGAAGAAACCCGUUCUUCAACUUCCUCUCCGUCUCAAUCUCAGACUCAGAAUAUGAAGACAGAAAACCAACCAGCACCCCAAGACAAAGAAGAAGAAGAAGAAAAGAAAAGAAAUAGCAUCUCAGAAACACCACCCACUAUCAAGUCUUAUUCACCUCCUCUGUUCCAGUCCCCAUCUCCACCAUCCGAUUCUCUAACGACACACUCAACCCAUCAAGCCUACCACACUCAUGAGUUCAGAGUCACACCUUCAGACACCAAGCCGGCAUCGCCACCGGCCGUGCCGGCCCAGUCUUUCAAGGUCAAGCCCAAGGUCGUGGAUCCCAAACCACAAGUUGGGUUUUCUGGGCUCGCAGAGGUUCAAGAAGAAAGUGGUGGUGCUACUGCUACUGGUACUAAUGUGGGUGGUGUAAAGAUGCGAAUUUUGAGAGCCAACUUAUCGAUAUUGAACAGGUCGAGGAGGGAGAACAUGGUGAGGAGGGCUUUGCUUGGAUUUAGGAUUUCUGGGUUUGUGUUCUGCUUGAUCUCUUUCUCGGUUAUGGCGGCUGACAAGAACCAGGGUUGGGCUUUAGAUUCCUACUAUCGGUACAAGGAAUUCAGGUACUGCUUGGCAGUGAAUGUGAUAGGAUUUGUGUAUUCAGGGCUGCAAACCUAUGAUUUAACCUAUUUCUUCACCAGCGGAAAACAUGUAAUGCAGCUUCAUCUCCGCCAUUACUUUGAUUUCUUGAUGGAUCAGAUUUUGACAUACCUUUUGAUAUCGGCAUCUUCAUCCGCUGCAAUUCGGGCUGACGACUGGGAGUCGAAUUGGGGCAAAGACAAGUUCCCAGAUAUGGCUCGUGCGGCUGUAGCAUUGUCCUUCCUUGCCUUUCUUGCCUUUGCCUCCAGCUCCCUCAUCUCUGGUUACAAACUUUGUACCCUGAAAUCCAUCUAGUUCUUCAUAUACUUACAGAUUUACUGAGUUAGAUUAGAUGGACAGUUAAAAAGUCACUUAAUUUUUAAGAAAUGUUGCAAAUUAUGUAGAGAACUUUUAUGUUGCAUCUGCGUCAUGAUUCACGGAUGAUUUGGCACAAUGUGUUUUUGGACAAUUUAAGAUUAUUAA